AUGAUGGAACCUAAACAAUUAUCUCUUACUUCACCUAAACUCUCUUUUUUAUCAUCUUCUUCUACCCCUUUAUCAUUUUUCGUCUCAAACAAACUUCAAUUUCUGAAAAAACCUAAUUUUUCCGUUAAACUCAAUUGUUCCCUUCCAAAAUCCCAAUUUUUUGGAAGAAAUUUGGGUUUGUUUGUUCCAUCACAUGUUGGUGGACCUAGGUUUCAAAUUGGGCCGAUUAGAGCUGCUGUGAAGAGAAGAAAAGAGAUGCCUUUUGAUAAUGUGAUUCAGAAAGACAAGAAGCUUAAAUUUGUUCUCAAGGUGAGGAAAUUACUAGUCAGUCAACCUGAUAGGGUUAUGUCUCUUCAGGAAUUAGGUAAGCAUAAACAGGAAUUAGGGUUAGAUAAAAAUAGGAGAUUGAUUGCAGUUUUGAAGAGAUUUCCUGGUGUUUUUGAGAUUAUGGAAGAAGGGUGUUUUUCUCUUAAGUUCAAAAUGACUUCUGAGGCUGAAAGCCUUUAUCUUGAGGAAUUGAGAGUUAGGAAUGAAACGGAAGAUAUUGUGGUUGAUAAGCUUAGGAAAUUGUUGAUGAUGUCUUUGGAAAAGAGGAUUUUGUUAGAGAAAAUUGCUCAUUUGGCGACUGAUUUGGGACUUCCGAGAGAGUUUCGCGACACGGUUUGUCAUAGGUAUCCGGAGUUUUUCAAAGUUGUUGAGACCGAAAAAGGUCGUGCGCUUGAAUUAACACAUUGGGAUCCCCAGCUUGCGGUUUCGGCAGCAGAGCUAUCUGCGGAAGAUAAUCGAAUUAGAGAAAUGAAAGAGCAAAAUUUGAUUAUAGAUAGGGCUCCUAAAUUCAAUAGAGUAAAGCUUCCUAAGGGUCUUAAUCUUUCAAAAGGUGAGAUGAGGAAGAUAAUGCAGUUUAGAGACAUUCCUUACGUAUCGCCUUACUUGGAUUUCUCAAUGCUUGGUUCGGGAACGCCGGAGAAAGAGAAACAUGCUUGUGGAGUUAUUCAUGAGAUUUUGAGCCUCACACUUGAGAAGCGAAUUCUUGUUGACCACUUGACCCAUUUCCGUGACGAGUUUAGAUUCUCUCAGCAAUUGAGAGGGAUGUUGAUAAGACAUCCUGAUAUGUUUUAUAUCUCUUUGAAAGGAGACAGGGACUCUGUGUUUCUAAGGGAAGCAUAUCGAGAUUCUCAGUUGGUAUACAAGGACAGAUUGCUACUUCUAAAGGAGAAGCUUCGCUCACUGGUUGAUAUUCCGCGGUUUCCUAAAGGUAGAAGAGGUGCUGCCCACACUAGAAUUGGAGAUGGCACGGAAGAGAAUGAUAUUGAUAACAGACAAAAUGAAAGUGGUGAUGAGGAACAAGAAUGGUCACAAGGUGACGACGACGGCGAAGAUAAUGAUGAUGACUGGAUUGAUGAAGAAGAUGGUGAUGAUACACCGCCAGAUUUUGAUGAGGAGGAGGCUGAAACAUUGGAGAUUGAAAAGAGAAAGACAAUUACACACGUUCAAGACACAAGACAGAAUAAUGAAAGGGUCCUUGAUCCAUCAUUACCUGAUGGUCGCCCCAGAGAACGGUGGUAA